UCUAACACCCAAACGCCAAAAUCGCGGAACCAAACGAAAAGCGCAGUGGCAAACUCGAAAUUUAACUCAAAACCAAACCCAAUCUUCUCCCUCCCUUCACUUUUAUUAUUUCCUUUCUCUUUCGCUUAUUUUUCUUUCCUUUUCUUUGUUUUCCACUUCCUUUCCUCACUCAAACACUUAUCACCAUCAGAGACACCACACUCAAUUUUUUAUAUAUAUAUAUAUUUUUAUUUUAUAUGCUUUUUUUGUUUUUCCUCUUCACACAGUUUCUCUCUCUUCUUCAGCUCCGCAAUCAGAUCAGAGUUUUGCCGGAGAUUUUCUCAUUCCGAUUUUCUCGCACUUUCUCGGCUGAGUUUUCUUCUCCACCGCACUUCCCCGAGCUCGGCGAUUCCUCACUCGCCGGAAUCCGUAGAGAGUUCCGAUCGCGUGGUUCCUCCGUGUCCUAGAAGCUGCUUCCGGUGCCGAUCGGCGCCGGAGUUCGCCGGAGCUGUUGCCGUGCACGGCGGCGCGGAGUUACGAAGCAUUGCGAUGCUUCCGGUGUGGUGACGACGGCGAAGUUACUAUAAUUGUGCGAGUUGGAGUUAUGAUGGUGGAUGUUUCGAAUUUGGGCGCGGGUGAAGAAUUUGAGGCGUUGGAGUGUGCGAAUUCGGGGUUUAGCGAGGGUUUGGGAGCGUGCUUGGGUGAAUGGAAGGGUUCGGGCACGAGAAUGGGUGAGUGGGUGUGAAAUUGGUGUUUGGAUUUGGGGAAUAGUUUCUUCCGAGUGUUGAAUUUUGUGUUUCGAGUGAUGUCACGCACUGAUACGAUGACGACGACUUCGGAUCUUAAUAGAACUGGUCCCGUUGAAAGAGACAUUGAGCAGGCCAUUACUGCUUUAAAAAAAGGGGCUUACUUGCUCAAGUAUGGAAGAAGAGGAAAGCCCAAGUUCUGUCCCUUUCGGCUUUCCAAUGACGAAUCUGUUUUGAUAUGGUUCUCAGGGAAAGAAGAGAAGCGCCUUAAACUAAAUAAUGUUUCUAGGAUUAUAUCUGGACAACGCACGCCAAUCUUUCAGAGAUAUCCGCGGCCUGAGAAGGAAUAUCAGUCAUUUUCUCUCAUUUAUAAUGAUAGAUCACUAGACUUGAUUUGCAAGGAUAAGGAUGAAGCUGAGGUUUGGUUCAGCGGAUUGAAAGCAUUAAUUUCCCGCAGCCAUCACCGGAAGUGGAGACCAGAGUCAAGAAGUGAAGGUAUUCCAUCUGAAGCUAAUAGUCCUCGAACAUACACCAGAAGUUCUCCCUUGAAUUCUCCAUUUGGUAGUAAUGAAAGUUUGCAAAAGGAUAGUGGGGAUCAUCUUCGCCUUCAUAGCCCAUAUGAAAGCCCCCCUAAGAAUGGUUUGGAUAAAGCAUUUUCAGAUGUGGUUUAUUAUCCUAUUCCUCCAAUGGGUUUCUUCCCUCCAGACUCAGCCAGUGGUUCACUCCACUCUGUGUCAUCAGGAGGAUCAGAUAGCAUGCAUGGUCAAAUGAAGACAAUGCCUAUGGAUGCUUUUAGAGUUAGUCUAUCAAGUGCCGUUAGUUCAUCUAGCCAAGGUUCUGGCCAUGAUGACGGUGAUGCCUUGGGGGAUGUUUUUAUUUGGGGGGAAGGCACAGGUGAUAGUGUACUGGGUGGUGGAGCUCACCAAGUUGAGAGUAAUUUUGGUGUCAAAAUGGAUUCUCUGUUGCCCAAAGCCUUGGAAUCGGCAGUAGUUCUUGACGUACAGAAUAUUGCUUGUGGUGGGAAACAUGCUGCCUUGGUGACCAAACAAGGUGAAAUUUUUUCCUGGGGGGAAGAAUCAGGAGGAAGGCUUGGGCAUGGAGUUGAUUCUGAUGUUCCCCAUCCAAAGCUUAUUGAAUCUCUAAGUAAUACAAAUAUCGAACUUGUAGCUUGUGGGGAGUACCAUACAUGUGCUGUGACACUUUCUGGUGAUCUUUAUACAUGGGGUGAUGGCACUUACAAUUAUGGUCUUCUGGGGCAUGGGAAUCAGGUGAGCCACUGGGUCCCCAAAAGAGUAAAUGGCCUUUUGGAGGGCAUACAUGUUUCAUCCAUUUCUUGUGGUCCAUGGCACACUGCUGUUGUAACCUCUGCUGGGCAAUUAUUUACUUUUGGUGAUGGUACAUUUGGUGUUCUGGGUCAUGGAGACCGAAAAAGUGUUUCCUUGCCUAGGGAAAUAGAGUCCCUAAAGGGUCUUCGAACUGUGCAGGCUGCUUGUGGUGUCUGGCAUACUGCUGCUGUUGUGGAGGUCAUGGUUGGAAAUUCAAGUUCCAGCAAUUGCUCUUCCGGGAAGCUGUUUACAUGGGGUGAUGGAGACAAAGGUCGACUUGGGCAUGGUGACAAGGAAUCAAAACUUGUUCCAACCUGUGUCGUGGCUCUUGUUGAACCUAAUUUUUGUCAAGUUGCCUGCGGUCAUAGUAUGACUGUUGCACUUUCUAGAUCAGGCCAUGUCUAUACAAUGGGCAGUUGUGUAUAUGGCCAGUUAGGAAAUACUCAAGCUGAUGGGAAGCUACCAACUCGUGUCGAAGGAAAGCUUUCGAAGAGUUUUGUUGAGGAGGUAGCUUGUGGUGCAUAUCAUGUUGCGGUGUUAACUUCAAGAACUGAAGUUUACACGUGGGGGAAGGGUGCAAAUGGUCGUUUAGGCCAUGGGGAUACUAAUGAUAGAAACUCCCCAACAUUAGUAGAAGCACUGAAAGACAAACAAGUAAAAAGUAUUGCUUGUGGAACAAAUUUCACUGCAGCCAUAUGCCUGCAUAAGUGGGUAUCUGGUGUUGACCAGUCCAUGUGUUCUGGAUGCCGUCUGCCAUUCAAUUUCAAAAGAAAACGCCACAAUUGUUAUAAUUGUGGACUUGUUUUUUGUCAUUCAUGCAGUAGUAAGAAAUCUGUUAAGGCUUCAAUGGCACCAAACCCCAACAAACCUUAUCGUGUCUGUGAUAAUUGUUUUAAUAAAAUAAGGAAAACUACAGAAACUGAUUCUUCAUCUCAGGCUUCUAUGAGCAGAAGAGGAAGUGUUAAUCAGGGGUCACUUGAGUUUAUUGGUAAGGAUGAUAAAUUGGAUUCCAGAUCUCAUAAUCAACAUGCCAGGUUUUCUUCAAUGGAAUCCUUAAAACAAGUAGACAGCAGAUCUUCAAAGAAAAAUAAAAAAUUGGAAUUCAACAGUAGCCGCGUGUCCCCUGUUCCAAAUGGAGGUUCACAAUGGGGAACAAUGAAUAUUUCUAAAUCAUUUAAUCCUGUUUUUGGAUCAUCAAAAAAGUUUUUUUCAGCUUCUGUUCCUGGAUCUAGAAUUGUUUCCCGGGCAACAUCCCCAAUAUCUAGACGAACUAGUCCACCACGUUCAACUACUCCAACCCCCACUCUUGGGGGACUGGCAUCCCCAAAGAUAGUUGUGGAUGAUGCUAAGAGAACCAACGAUAGCCUCAGUCAGGAGGUUAUUAAAUUAAGAUCACAGGUUGAAAACCUGACUCGGAAAGCGCAGCUUCAAGAAGUUGAGUUGGAAAGAGCAACUAAACAGUUAAAAGAAGCAAUAGCAAUUGCAAGCGAAGAAACUGCCAAAUGCAAAGCAGCAAAGGAAGUGAUCAAGUCACUCACUGCCCAGUUGAAGGACAUGGCCGAGAGGCUGCCUGUAGGAGCAUCUAGGAAUGUCAGAUCACCACCUUCUGUUGCUUCAUUUGGCUCAAAUCCUGGUUCCAAUGACCUUACCAGUGCUUCUUUUGAUCGAUUGAAUAUUCAAGCAACAAGCCCAGAAUCAGACUCAACUGGAUCUAAUAACCAGUUACUUUCAAAUGGAUCAACCACCAUCACCAACCGGAGUGCAGGACAUAUUAAACACAGUCAAUCAGAUGCAACUAGCAGAAAUGGGAGCAAAACAAAGGAUAAUGAGACUGAAUGGGUUGAGCAAGAUGAACCUGGUGUAUAUAUUACUCUCACCUCUCUACCAGGAGGGGUUAUAGAUCUUAAGAGAGUUCGCUUCAGUCGUAAGCGGUUUAGUGAGAAACAAGCAGAACAAUGGUGGGCUGAGAAUCGGGCAAGAGUAUAUGAACAGUACAAUGUGCGCACGAUUGACAAGUCGAGCAUUGGUGUUGGGAGUGAGGACCUGGCUCAUUGAUGUGAUAACCUGGCUCAUAUUAUAACGUUUUGACAGGACUUUAAGCAAGAACGUGCCAUCAAUUGCAUUUGGCUUCCAUCCAAUAUAAAGCAUCAAGGGAAGCUGGGAUUGGCAUAAUAGGAGAGAAUAGGCAUUUGAUUGUGAUCUUGUAAUUUCACUUCUUUCAUUUUUAUUUUUUUUUCUAAUUUGAUUACACUUUCCAUUUUUUUUUUCUCUAUAUGUAGCUUGUGUGGGGGUUGAGGGUGAAAAAUGUAAAUUCGUAGUAGUUUGCUGGCUCUUGUUUUAAGUAGCUGCAAUGUAAAUUUCAUAAGCGAAUGCUUUUACUAAUUUUUCUUUUACGCCGGUUAUAUAAUACCUUCAGCCAUGGGACAUAUGGCUUUAAGUAGUUAAUAUAGAUAGCCACUGGAAAAUGUUAUAUUUUUCGUGCUCGUACAGUAUUUCAAAGAAUUACGUUUUGAUUCA